UUUUCUUUUUCUUUUUCUUUUGUGUUGAUCAUGACGAGCAAGAAUAAUGAGGAACAAAAGCGUAUUAUGGAAGAAUAUUCACAAUGGAAAAAGACAGCACCUGUUUUAUAUGAUAUGGUUAUCACACAUAAUUUAACUUGGCCUACGUUAACUUGUCAAUGGUUACCAAAAAGGACCAUUGUCAAUGGCUUUGUUAAGCAACAAUUACUGAUUGGCACACAUACAAAUGAUGAAGAAAGUAAUUAUGUACAGUAUUUGGAUGUUGAUAUUCCCGAAAAGGGACUCGAUACACCAGAAGAACAAAAGACAAAGAUGUACAUUACUCAAAAAAUAAGUCACGAAGGAGAAGUCAAUAAGGCACGUUAUCAGCCUGACCAUCCUGAUGUGUUUGCAACCAAGACACGGGAUGGUGAUGUUCUUGUGUAUGAUAAAGACCAACUCUUAUUGAGACUCAAGGGACACACAAUGGAAGGCUAUGGGUUGGCAUGGAAUCCCCAUAAAACAAGUCAUUUAUUAAGUGCUGGUUUUGAUAAUUUGAUCUGUCAUUGGGAUAUUGGCUUAACACCCAACAAUGAUAGGGAAUUACAGCCUUAUCAAACAUAUGCAGGUCAUACGGGCUGUGUAGAAGAUGUAAGCUGGAAUUCAGCUAAUGAUAACCUUUUUGCUUCUGUUGCAGAUGACAUGAAGCUUAUGUUAUGGGAUUGUCGCGAUUCUGUCAAACCCGUACAGCAAGUACAGGCUCAUCAAAAUGAAGUCAAUUCUGUGGCUUUUCAUCCCAACAAAGAUUGGAUGUUGGCUACUGGUAGUUCAGAUAAGACUGUCGGAUUGUUUGAUAUUCGCAAAAUGAAUGAGAAAUUGCAUUCCAUGGAAACACAUGAAGGGGAAGUGACACAAGUUGCUUGGAGUCCCCAUGAUGAUCCUAUCUUGGCAUCAGCAGGUGCUGACCGCAGGAUUGUUAUUUGGGACCUGAGACGUAUUGGGCAAGAACAGACACCAGAAGAUGCUGAAGAUGGUCCACCAGAAAUCAUGUUUGUCCACAGUGGUCACACAAGCCGCAUUUCUGAUUUUAGCUGGAACCCUACAGAUAGAUGGGUAUUAGCAAGUGCAGCAGAAGAUAAUGUUGUACAAAUAUGGCAAAUGUCAAGAAAUAUCUAUGCAAAUACAGAUUCUUUACAGGUAGCUUCGUCGCAAUUAGAAUAAUAUUUAUACAUAUAUAAAUAAAAAAAGGUCUUUAUUUAUUAUAUGCA